CGGCGGCGGCGAGGAUGCUGCCUGGAAGGCUGUGCUGGGUGCCGCUCCUGCUGGCGCUGGGCGUGGGGAGCGGCAGCGGCGGCGGCGGCGGCGGGGGCAGCCGGCGGCGCCGCCUCCUCGCGGCUAAAGUCAACAAGCACAAGCCAUGGAUCGAGACUUCGUAUCAUGGAGUUAUAACUGAGAACAAUGACACAGUCAUUUUGGACCCACCACUGGUAGCCCUGGAUAAAGAUGCACCCGUUCCUUUUGCAGGGGAAAUUUGUGCAUUCACGAUCCACGGCCAGGAGCUGCCCUUUGAGGCUGUGGUGCUCAACAAGACGUCGGGAGAGGGCCGGCUCCGUGCCAAGAGCCCCAUCGACUGUGAGCUGCAGAAGGAGUACACGUUCAUCAUCCAGGCCUAUGACUGCGGCACGGGGCCCCGAGAGACGGCCUGGAAGAAGUCACACAAGGCCGUGGUCCAUAUCCAGGUGAAGGACGUCAAUGAGUUUGCUCCCACCUUCAAAGAGCCAGCCUACAAGGCCGUGGUGACCGAGGGCAAGAUCUACGACAGCAUCCUGCAGGUGGAGGCCGCCGACGAGGACUGCUCCCCGCAGUACAGCCAGAUUUGCAACUACGAAAUCGUCACAACGGACGUGCCUUUUGCCAUCGACAGAAAUGGCAACAUCAGAAACACCGAGAAGCUGAGCUAUGACAGGCAACGCCAGUAUGAGGUCCUGGUGACCGCCUACGACUGUGGACAGAAGCCUGCUGCUCAGGACACCCUGGUGCAGGUGGACGUGAAGCCAGUUUGCAAGCCUGGCUGGCAAGACUGGACCAAGAGGAUUGAGUAUCAGCCUGGCUCAGGGAGCAUGCCCCUGUUCCCCAGCAUCCGCCUGGACACGUGCGACGGGGCCGUGUCCUCCAUCCAGAUCACCACGGAGCUGCAGACCAAUUACAUUGGCAAGGGCUGUGACCGGGAGACCUACUCCGAGAAGUCCCUUCAGAAACUGUGUGGAGCUUCCUCUGGCAUCAUCAACCUCUUGCCCUCCCCCAGCGCUGCCACCAACUGGACCGCAGGACUGCUGGUGGACAGCAGCGAGAUGAUCUUCAGGUUUGACGGCAGGCAGGGUGCCAAGAUCCCUGAUGGGAUUGUGCCCAAGAACCUGACGGACCAGUUCACCAUCACCAUGUGGAUGAAACACGGCCCCAGCCCCGGUGUGAGAGCCGAGAAGGAAACCAUCCUCUGCAACUCAGAUAAAACGGAAAUGAACCGGCAUCACUACGCCCUGUACGUGCACAACUGCCGCCUCGUCUUCCUCCUGAGGAAGGACUUCGACCAGGCCGACACCUUCCGCCCGGCAGAGUUCCACUGGAAGCUGGACCAGAUUUGUGACAAAGAGUGGCAUUACUAUGUCAUCAAUGUGGAGUUUCCUGUGGUUACUUUAUACAUGGAUGGAGCAACGUAUGAACCAUACCUGGUGACCAAUGAUUGGCCCAUUCAUCCAUCUCACAUAGCCAUGCAACUUACAGUCGGCGCUUGUUGGCAAGGAGGAGAAGUCGCCAAACCGCGCUUUGCCCAGUUCUUCCACGGCAGCCUGGCCAGUCUCACCAUCCGCCCUGGCAAAAUGGAGAGUCAGAAGGUGAUUUCCUGCCUGCAGGCCUGCAAGGAAGGGCUGGAUAUUAAUUCCCUGGAAAGCCUCAGCCAAGGAAUAAAGUAUCACUUCAACCCCUCGCAGUCCGUCCUGGUGAUGGAAGGUGACGACAUUGGGAACGUCAACCGUGCCCUCCAGAAGGUCUCCUACAUCAACUCCAGGCAGUUCCCGACCGCGGGUGUGCGGCGCCUGAAAAUCUCUUCCAAAGUCCAGUGCUUCGGGGAAGAUGUGUGCAUCAGCAUCCCCGACGUGGACGCCUACGUGAUGGUGCUGCAGGCCGUUGAGCCCCAGAUCACCCUCCACGGCACCGACCGCUUCUGGAGACCCGCCGCUCAGUUUGAAAGUGCCCGGGGGGUGCUCCUCUUCCCUGACAUCAGGAUCGUGAGCACCUUCGCCAAAGCCGAGGCCCCGGGUGACAUAAGGACCACAGCCCCCAAAUCAGCAGUCUUAGACGAAAUGCUUCACAACUUAGAUUUCUGUGACAUUUUGGUGCUGGGAGGGGACUUGGACCCAAGACAAGAGUGCUUGGAGCUCAACCACAGUGAGCUCCACCAGCGGCACCUGGAUGCCACCAACUCCACUGCGGGCUACUCCAUCUACGGUGUGGGCUCCCUGAGCCUCUACGAGCAGGUGCUGCAUCACGUCCGCUACCGCAACUGGCGCCCGGCCUCCCUCGGGGCCCGGCGGUUCAGGCUCAAGUGCUCGGAGCUCAACGGGCGCUACACCAGCAAUGAGUUCAACCUGGAGGUCAGCGUCCUCCACGAGGUCAGAGUCUCAGACGAGGAGCACGUCAACCACCUGAUCGUGCAGCCUCCCUUCCUCCAGUCUGUCCACCACCCCGAGUCCCGGAGUAGCAUCCAGCACAGUGCAGUGGUCCCAAGCGUCGCCACGGUAGUCAUCAUCAUCUCCGUGUGCAUGCUAGUGUUUGUCGUGGCCAUGGGCGUGUACCGGGUCCGGAUGGCCCACCAGCACUUCACCCAGGAGACGGAGGCUGCCAAGGAGGCCGAGAUGGAUUGGGACGACUCUGCGCUCACCAUCACAGUCAACCCCAUGGAGAAACAUGAAGAACCAGGGCGUGGGGAAGAUGAGACUGAAGAAGAGGAGGAGGAGGAAGUAGAGGAAGACAUAAGCUCCAGCAGCAGCGACUCUGACGACAGCGAUGAGGAGGAGGAGGAAGGGAUGGGCAGGGGCAGACACGGGCAGAGUGGAGCCAGGCAAGCCCAGCUGGAGUGGGACGACUCCACCCUCCCCUACUAGUGCCCGGCCGUCUGCGCCCGCCCACGUGUCCCUUUUGUAAGCCCCACCCGAUGUAUGCCCGAGUUUGUCACACGUCGCCUCUGAUGACAGGUCUGGGCAGGCCUUCCCCAGAGUCCUGGAACCCGCCCUGUAGGCCUUGGGCACUCCCCAUGUCCCAGCCCUGGCGUGAUUCCAAGAAGCCCAGCAUCAUCAUCAGUGGGGACUUCAGGGUGGACUUGGUCCUGCAGCCCCCACUUCUCCUGCUCUGGGCUCACCCAGUGUCCUGUCCACCAAUCCGCAGAGUCCUGCCUUGACUCUUCUCUGCAGGGGAGAAAGUCAGCCUUUGUGUCACUCACCUCCCCCAGGCCCCAUGUUCCCUGUGCCCUUGGGUUCCAGCUCACUGUGCGUGCACCUGACUCAGCCGUCUCUCCACACAGACCGGCAAGUUCUCCUUACCUGACUCCAGGUGGCUCCAUACAGGCAGGUAGUCAGACUUCACACACCCGAGGUCUUAGCCCUUAAUGCUUACAGGAAGCCUUGUUGAGGCAGAAUUGUUUACACGGAAAGGUUCACACACACAUACACACAUGUACACAGCCUCCCCAGUUUGAAGAGCCUUUCCCUUUGUCCUUUCUGAGGCCACAUAAGCUUAGAUGAAAAGUCUGAAACCAAGAAUAGAUCCUUGGCCACAGCAGGGCCUGGUCCCCAAUGAAAGCUAUCAGAGAACCUGCCUGCCUUGGCAGCCAUUGAGUCCCUGCAUGGCCGUCCUGCUGGACACUGCCCCAGGCAACAGCCGUGACAAGCCUGCAUCUGGGGAUCAGAAGGGCUGAUGAGAUGACACAGCUGGGUUUCAUGGUGGGCACAGAUCUGGGAGAUGGGGCUGGCUGGGCUCUCCCAGGCCAGAGGGUGGCCCGAGGUUGCCAAGGCUCUCACCACCUAGUCUUACGGUCCCUCGUCCCCUAUUUCACACUGGUUUGCCUCUUGAGAAAAUACAUUCCUCUCGGAUGUAUUAGAACAAGCAUGCACUGUGCCGAGUCUAAAAUGAAAGUUUGGAGGUUUAACUUCCAGGAAUUAGAAAUGUGUUUGCGAUCAAGACAGCUUCCUCUUUCUUCUUUUCAUAGAAGGAGCAAUGCUUUGGGUGGAGGGCAAAUAUAUCCAAAAACCUCA